CAUCCUCGUCCACAUUUCUCGCUUUACGCAACUUUCGACGAACGAACAAAAGCAGAAAAAAACCUAAAAUUUGUCUAGAAAUAUGAACCCUGCAGACGGAUCUUUCUUGGAUCCAAACGGUACUAUGACCGUACCUGCAAUUGGACCCUUGACUUCUUCGGAGGAUCUGAGCAAGAAGAUAAGGAAGCCUUAUACCAUUACCAUUUUUACUGAAUCAGGGUUUCUUAAUUACCGUGUUGGUUUCGAAUUCAAAUAUGGGAAGGAUCUUUGGUUUGACAGAGACUGGAAAAAGAUUGAAGCUUUCAUUGGCUCGAAGACUGUGAUUCAGAUAAGAAGUCAUGCUCAGAAGUAUUUUCUUAAGGUACAAAAGAGUGGGACUGCUGAACAUCUCCCUCCCCCUCGACCUAAAAGGAAAGCCGCUCAUCCGUAUCCUCAGAAGGCUCAAAUGAACGUUCUACCUCAAGUACCAGGAUCCUUCAAAUCAACAGCUGAACCAAAUGACCCAAGUUAUAUGUUUAGGCCCGAGUCUUCUUCGAUGCUGAUGACUUCUCCACCACCCACUGCUGCUCCCUGGACUAAUAAUGUGCAAACAAUUAGCUUCACACCCCUGCCAAAAGAAACAGCAGGAGCUAAUAACAACUGUUCUAGUAGCUCUGAAAAUACUCCAAGACCACGAUCCAGCAAGGACACAAUGCAAGCAAAUCCUGGCCAUUCAUUAAGAGUUUUGCCGGACUUUGGCCAAGUAUACAGCUUCAUUGGAAGUGUUUUUGACCCAUAUGCAAGUAAUCAUCUACAGAAGCUGAAGAAGAUGGACCCCAUAGAGGUUGAAACAGUGCUACUGUUGAUGAGAAAUCUAUCAAUCAACUUGUCUAGCCCUGAUUUUGAGGUUCAUAGACGGCUUCUUUCGUCGUAUGAUAUCGGCUUUGAGACAGCAACUGAUCAUGGUGGAGUGUUUAAAACCUUAAACAAAGAACCACCAGAAAUCUCUACUUGAAGUUCAUUAAAAAGGGGGGGGGGGAAGGUAAUGAUGAAAUGUCUCAGGUGAGCAAAACCCAUAUUGGUUAACAGAAUACAGAGUGAUUCUGUUGUGGGUUUUGUUUGUAAAUAUGAAGAAGAUGAAGCUGGCGUUGAGCAGUUAUAUAUACGUCUUUUGGAUUAUAUGCAUAGUGUAGUAUCUUUUAAUAAGUUAAAAAAAAAAGUACUGUUCGUCUUCUGUCUACGUGUUUUGGAGCUUUUGUUAAAGCAUGUGACAGUUCUGUGAUGGAGACCAGAACUGUUGACGUGUUCCCUUGCAUUAUAUUUUAGUGUAAUAUGAGACCGAAGAAACAACACAACCUUUUUAAAAGGACAAAAUUUGGGUUCAA